UUCUCCAGUAUACGGUGUAGUGUUAGUAGUUAGCAUUAGACUUUUAGAAAUAUGAAGAUGGACCUCCAGGUUUCAAACACUACUAGCAAUGGUACCGAGGAUAUACCUAAUGAUCCCGGGAAAAUGUUCAUCGGUGGCCUCAGCUGGCAGACAACUGGGGAUUCUUUAAAGGAACAUUUCGGAAAGUAUGGGGAGAUCAAGGAGGCAAUGGUGAUGAAGGACCCGACAACAAAACGAUCCAGGGGCUUUGGUUUUGUCACAUUUAGAGAAUCUGCAGCUGUAGAGAAAGUGCUGGCUAAUGGGCCUCACGAACUGGAUUCAAAAACGGUGGACCCCAAGGUAGCCUUCCCAAGAAAGGCCCAACCAAAGAUGGUUACCAGAACUAAGAAAAUCUUUGUUGGAGGGCUGUCUGCUGCUACCACAGUGGAAGAUGUCAAAAAUUAUUUUGGUAAUUUUGGCAAGAUUGAAGAUGCCAUGCUAAUGUUUGACAAGACAACAAAUCGUCACAGAGGGUUCGGGUUCGUGACCUUCGAGUCAGAAGAUGUGGUUGACAAAGUGUGUGAUAUUCAUUUCCAUGAGAUCAACAAAAAGAUGGUGGAGUGUAAGAAGGCCCAGCCCAAGGAGGUCAUGUUACCAACAAGCCUAGCUCGGGGUAGGGGCCUUUCAAGGGGCACGUUGAUGACGAAUGAAGAUGGCGAGAUUGUGUGGGAUUUAUCAAGCGACAUUAUUAUGCCAGAGCUGUUGACCUCUCCCCAUCUUGGCGGUGUUCCUUUGACAAGCGGUGUGGAAGGCUUCCUGCCCCAUGGACUGCACACUGCUGCCUACCCCUAUGCUGGCCGUGGAUUCCCAGCCAUUGCCCCUGCCGGGUACUACUAUCCAGGGCUCCCUGGUUAUGCUGGGUACCUCCCCACCACCCCCUCCGCCCCAGGGGAGAGACACAUGUCCCCCAUCUAUGCCGACCUUGGUGCUGCGACGGCAAAUCAAUUGACUGCAGGCUUACAAAGGAGCGACCAUUCGCCGCUGCCAGUCAGCACGUCGCCUCUCCAUCGUGUUGGCGAUCAUAUACUUACUGCCCAGCGUGCUACAGACCACAAUGGACUGGUCAGUUUAAAUGGAAUGGAGAGUUUAAUGUGGAACCUGAGGGGUGAAAGGCUCUCCGGUGUAGGAGGGAAAGCAUUGACUAACAGAUGCAUACAAAUGCAUACCGACGGAAGGACACAACCCUACCAGGUCGUGGUCAAGUCCACCCAGUCCACACAAGCUGUGAUAAAUAACCUUGGACAACAACAAGCCUUCCCCACUGCUACCUCUCCCGCCACCAGCAGUCGCGGCAUCCCGCUAGCCAACAGCCCUGGACCAUGCGACCUGUACAGCCAGGAUGGUCUUAGCUAUAUUCAGGCCACCAGUCCCCAGCCAUCAAGCUUUGGCCACAACCUAGCUGGUCAGCUUAUAGCCACAAACUUCCAGAAUGGUUACCACUAA